GCAAAUCAAGUUAAACUUGUAUACUCAAAAUUAUUAUACCACACAAACGAAUGUGAGACGGGACUGUGUGGUGACCAUCGUCGGUGUACCUUAAAAAUUACGCUACGCGAUAUAACCGUGUGUUGUGAUUGAAGAAAGAAAAGAAAAAAAUGGCCAGCGUUAACGAACAAACGCAUUGAAAAAUAUAAUAAAAAUUACACAAAAUUUAGACUUUAAAUAGUUCCCCUUCGUUUUUUUUUAAUUUUAUUAUUAUUUUAACCCUUUAUUUCUUAAAUUUUAUCUUGAGUUCGAUUCAAGUAGUUUUUUUUCUUCCCAUAAGUUUUUUUUUGCCUUCAUUUUAUUUGGAAUUUGUGGUGAGGUGAAAUCAAUCUAAGAAAUUUCUCUAAUAUUUUUUUGUGAUCUAAAAAAAUAAUCUACUACAAAUAAACGAAAGUUUAUUUUUUUUAUUAAAUAAUCCCAAUAAAAAGUGAUUGUAUGUAAAAAUUACAAUAAAAAAUCUUUUGUAACUUCAACAAAGUGCUCCUUUUUUUCCAACCUUCGUUUUUUUUUACAAUUUGGAAUUUAAUAAAAUUUUGUGUGGGAGUGAUGACUUAGAGAAAGCCAAGUUAAGCAAAAGUCAAUAAAUUCUUUCGGUUUUUGUGCAACAACAACAAAAUUAAUGCAAAAAAGUGUAUUAAACAUAAAUACAAAAUUUCAAAAAAAGAUCUCAUUUAAAUUCUCUUAUUUAAGUAAUUUUGAGAGGAGACAAAAAAACGCAACGACGACUUUAGAGUAUAUUCAAUUUUUUUGUUUUUCGAAAUUAAGACGAAGCAAGCAAAAAAAAAAUAAAAAAAUUAAUAGCUUGGAAUUUUGCGAACGCAAAUGAAAACUUCGCAUUUUUUGUCGUCCAAUUACGACUUUCCUAGUCGCUCCAAUAUACAGGGCGAUUGCCAGCAGACAACAACAACAACUACUAACAACACCAAUUGUCCAACAGAAACAAAUAAUAAUAAUAAUAACAAUUAUCAACUUGUUUCCACAUCUUCGACAUCAACUUAUCCAAAUGAUAGUAGUUGCCAUCAGCAAGAGCAGCAACUACAAUUAGACGACCAACAACAACAAAAUUUUGGUUCGUCAUCACAGGACACAGGAGUUUCUAUUUCUAGUGUCUAUCAGCAACAGCAACAGCAAAACGAAAAUAAUUUGAAUGAGCAAUAUAUAGUUGAUGUGAAUCAUCAUCAAACUCCUCUUUAUCAUCAUCAACAACAGCAGGAAUCAUUACUGCAACAACAACAACAAAAGCAGUACUCGUCAUCAUCAUCAUCAACAGCAACUUCUUCUUCGUCAACUGCAAGAAGUGCUGCUACCACAACAAGUCAUCACCUUUUUAGCUCUGGGCAACCAGCAGCAGCAGCAGUAUCAGACUCUUUGCCGUCGUCGUCAUCAUUGUCAUCGUCGUCGACGACCCACACUCAAGUUGCUUCUGGUCAAAUUAAGGCCACUAACAGUAAUGAUAGCGGCGCUGCUGUCACAUUGAGCACAGCAUCCUCAUACAAUUCUAUACCGUCAGCUGUUGCGCCUACGCCCCAUCAACAACAGCAACAAGUCGUAUCUCAUAAUAACGGUAGCUUGACAGGUAGCAAUAAUAGCAAUAAUAAUCAACAUCAACAUCAGCAACAACAACAACAACAACAACAGACACAACGUCCCGGAAUAAUAUUUCUGGACAAGUCUGUUAAUAAGUACGGGAAUAUUAGUAGUCAGUUGUUGGUGAAGACAUCAUCGUCAUCAACAUCAACAGCAACAGGAGCGAAUAGUAGUGACAAGACAGAUAUACGUACUUUAACAAAUAAAUAUCAACAGCAUCAACAGCAACAGUUACAACUACAACAACAACAACAACAGCAACAACAACACCAGCUACAUAAAGCAAGCAAAAGGAAGCGUGAUACAGACUGUGAUUGUGGUUGUGUUGACUCUUCAAAGUCUGGUGGUGGUGUAAUCAGCACGACGGCACCCUCAACAGCAAACACGACUAACACCAGCAACAUUUCCAAAACGGCGCAUACGAAAGUUGCGACCUCUGGGGGGCAUGCGAAUACGCAGCCCCCCAGUAAAAGGUCGAGUAGUGGUGCUGAUGGUGAUUAUCAAUUAGUACAACAUGAAGUUUUAUAUUCACUUUCUGCUGAAUAUGAGGUUUUGGAAUUUUUGGGUCGUGGCACAUUUGGACAAGUUGUUAAAUGCUGGAAACGUGGCACCUCAGAAAUUGUUGCUAUAAAAAUUCUUAAAAAUCAUCCAUCAUAUGCUCGACAAGGUCAAAUUGAAGUCUCAAUAUUGUCCCGUCUCAGUCAAGAGAAUGCCGAUGAAUUUAAUUUCGUUCGAGCAUUUGAAUGUUUUCAACAUAAAAAUCACACAUGUUUGGUAUUUGAAAUGCUCGAACAGAAUCUAUAUGAUUUUUUGAAACAAAAUAAAUUCUCACCGCUUCCAUUGAAGUAUAUUCGACCGAUUCUUGAGCAGGUCUUAACGGCGUUGUUGAAACUUAAACAACUCGGAUUAAUUCAUGCUGAUUUGAAACCAGAAAACAUUAUGCUGGUUGAUCCUGUUCGGCAACCAUACAGAGUCAAAGUGAUUGAUUUUGGUAGUGCAUCACAUGUGAGCAAAACCGUGUGCAAUACAUACUUACAAUCGCGCUACUAUCGUGCACCUGAGAUUAUCCUGGGUCUGCCAUUUUGCGAAGCGAUCGAUAUGUGGUCAUUGGGAUGUGUGGUAGCGGAGUUAUUUUUGGGCUGGCCCUUGUAUCCGGGAUCGUCUGAAUUUGAUCAAAUAAGGUACAUAUCACAGACACAAGGUCUGCCCACCGAGCAUAUGUUAAAUAGCGCAUCGAAGACCUCGAAAUUUUUCUAUCGCGACGUCGAUUCGACAUACCCCUUUUGGAGACUGAAAACCACAGAAGAGCACGAGGCUGAAACGAAUACAAAGAGUAAAGAGGCUCGCAAAUAUAUAUUUAAUUGUUUAGAUGAUAUUGGACAAGUUAAUGUACCAACUGAUUUAGAGGGUGGUCAAUUGUUGGCCGAAAAAACAGAUCGUCGAGAAUUUAUUGAUUUAUUAAAACGAAUGUUAACAAUAGAUCAAGAACGAAGGCUUACGCCUGCCGAAGCAUUAAAUCAUUCGUUUGUAAGAUUAACACAUUUAGUGGAUUAUGUUUAUUGUAACAAUGUCAAGGCCUCUGUACAAAUGAUGGAGGUCUGUCGGCGUGGAGAUUUCCAUACAGUCCAACCAACGUCGACAUUGGUCACGAACUUUGUUCCCAAUACCACUGAAAAUAUGACCUUUACGAUCAACAAUCAACUAACAAGUCAAGUGCAGCGUUUGGUGCGUGAUCGUCCCAUCACAUACGAAGGUCUCUAUCAAAUUUAUGGGGGACGUAAUGUUGGUCGUCAGUAUACCCAAGGUCGAACGGAUACUUUCCAACAUCAGUUGGUUUCGAAUAUUCUAUGCCCGCCCUCCUAUCAGGCAAUGCCGAGUCCCACCAAGCAUGUCGUCGUUGGAAGUGCAGCGAUGCAACCUCCUUUACAAGUUCCUCCUCAACAAUAUGUGAAUGUGCCUGUGCCAGUGUCAAUGGUUGAGCCAUCAUCUGGUCAGCGAAUGCUUCUAACAAAUCGAGUACAAGCCAGUGGUGUAGCUUGGCCCAACACCGGUCGUCAAAUGGCAUUAGUUCCAUCAUGGCCCCAACAAGCACCAGCUCAUUCGUUGAUUGUCGAUUCCGCGCCAUUCCUCAACGUGGAAGAAAUCUAUCCCAAACAUCACCUGAAUAUACCGCGUAAUGAACUCAAAAAAGAGUCUCCCGUGCAUCAUUUAGUUAAAGGAAAUUCUUACAGAGUUCCGCGUCACGAAAAGAAGGAAGCCAAUCAGCUGUCGCCGGUUAAGAAGCGAGUUAAAGAGAGCUCGCCGCCGCAUCAGCAGCGUUAUAAUCGAGCACACGUUUCGCCACAAUAUCACAAUCACGGUUCGCACAACUGUAACUAUUAUAGUGGCAGUAGUGGUGCAGCUAUCGUCGCUGGAUCUUCUAGCAAUAUCAUCAGCGGACAUCAUCAUCAUAGUGGUGGCGGUAGUAAUGGUGGCAAUGUACAACUCAUUGCCGCCGGUGGUGGUCACCCGUCGUCAUCGUCUUAUAUUACAGCAAAUAGCGGAGGAGGCCAUCAUGUGGUCUCGUGUGGAAAUGGUGUUGUUGGUCAACCAAUGGGUCAUAGUGCGAUCGUGAAACAACAAACGAUUACAAUUCACGACACACCAUCGCCGACGGCAGUGAUUACAAUCUCGGAUAGCGAAGACGAGUCGCCAGAUGUUCCAUCGGCAGCCACACAUAGUGGACACAGUGGUCAUCAUAAGUCGACUACACAGCGUGCUCAUGCACAGUCGCAGACCAAUCCAUCGAUGUUGCAGACAUCUGCUUCGUCGUCAUCGCUGUCGUGUAGAAAUAAUAAUGCUGCUGCUGCUGGUGGUUUGCCAACAAACAACCAACCCGCUCAUCAGGGUUCGUCGUCGUCUGCAUCGAAUAUUGUUCAACAUCAUACACAACAUCAGCAGAUACAACAACAACAACAGCAGCAACAUCAUCAUCAACAACAACAACAGCAGCAGCAGCAACAUCAUCAACAACAACAACAACUUCAGCAACACCCUCAACAACAGCACCAGCAACACCAACAACAACAGCAACAAGUUGCACAACAACAAGUUGCACAUCAACAAGUUCACCAACAACAACACCACCAACAACAACAGCAGCAACAACAACAUCAGCAGCAACAACAACAACAGUCCCACCACCAACAACAGAAUCAACAACAGCAACAACAACAACAACAGUUGCAUCAUGUGGCCAGUAGCAGUACAAGUUACCACAACGGUAAUAAUAAUCAAAACUUAAAUCAUAAUAUAUCUCAUGUAGCAGGCUCUCAGCAACAACAACAACAACAAAUGAUCCAACAUCAUAACAAUAAUAGUAGCAAUAGCCUAAAUAAUAGUAAUAAUCAUUGCUCCUCUUCAUCUGGAAAUGUCGGCAUUACGCAUCAUGCGAGUGCCUCAAAUCCAGGUGUCAUCCCAUCAUCCCACCAUCAAUCCUCCUCAUCCUCUUCAUCAGCAUCUACAUCAGCUUCAUCUAGUAAGCAUCGCAAAAAUGUAAUAUCAUGCGUAACCGUAGGUGACAGUGACAAUGAGGACCAUAGACGCGGCGGCACCGACAAUAGCCCCAAAUACCAACACGCCAACAUCAAGUACGAGCCGGGACAAUCGCAAAAGAAGCGCAUCCUCGCAAUGGCCCAAAAUGAAAGUUUUCUAUCGCAGGCUGCCUGUAGUUCUGCCGUGCCGAAUUCGUCAUCGGGGGCAAUAGCAACUGCCUCAGGCUCAUCAUCACAACAACAACAACAACAAAUGUUGCAGCAACAACAAGCGCCAAUUCAGCAACAACAGCAACAAAUUCAACAACAACAACAACAACAACAACUUCAUAUACCGAAGCAGGAACCAUUGGAAUUCUACGAAUAUCCCCCACAAGUAGAUAAACGAUCAUCGUGGGCACCACCAGCUCAUCAUAACACUCAUCACAAGCGUGAGACAUCAUCAUCAUACAUGGUUGCCCAGCAGCAGGCUGUCCCACCACCAAUGGCCCAUUCAAAGACAUCAGCUGCAGCUGCUGCUGCAGUAGUCACUGCAGCCAAUACAGCAACAGUUGCACCAUCUUGGGGUGCACCCAUCUAUCGGCAACAGCAUCAAUCAAAUACGCCUAUUGGUGGGUCGCCGGCAGCUAUACUACAACAAGAGAUCUACGCCCAAGGCGAUAUGUACCGAAGACCGACAGUGUUUGUGUCACAGGCUCCAUAUCAGAAUUAUAAUCGUGUUGUUCCGCCGCCAGCACAUAAUGCAUCCAAUAGACAGGUACUCCCAGCGCAUCCUCUGCCAGCGCAUAUACAAUUUCCAACACAGUACAGUCAAUUUGGUCCAUUAAGUCCAGCACAGGUAGCCAGCAAACAUGGCCAUUAUGCACCUGCGAACAUAUGGUAUGGAGAAUAAAUUGACAAACAAUCGAAUCGUUUCUGAAUGGUUCAGAAGUUUUUGGUAAAUUUCUUCGAAACCAACAACAAACACAACAACAUUCUCAUCAUAAUAAUCGCAAUCAACAACAUUUAAAACAGCAACAAGAAUUAGAACAACAACAAAAGCAACAACAAAUCGACAUAAACCAAACCAAUAUGCAAAUAACGCAAUGGUGGUUUACGCUGCUUCAACAAACAAUCAAUUUGAAAAGUCAACGAAGACGAAGGCAACAACAACAAUCGCAAACGUUGUUAACCAAUUCAACUACACCGCCUCCUCCUUCAGCUGCAAAUGCAAUGAGAACAAGAAAAAGAAUGAGAUCUCUUGAAAAGUGUUAAAGCUAAAAUUUGAAUUAAUUUUUAGAACAAAAAAACAAAUGGUGAUGAAUGGACAAACGUGUAUGUUGGCAAAAAGGGAAUAUAGUAGAAAUAUUUAUAAGAAUUUUAAUUAUUAUUAAUUAAUUUUUUUUUGUUUGGUCUAAAAAGAAGAAUGACACAUCUUUCUUUGAAAAUAAAGUCCAAUAACCUAGAGUUUAUAUUUUAUACGUGUGUUGAAAAACAAAAUUGUGUAAAACAAUUAUACACAUAAUUUUCUUAUUUUUUUUUUUUUAAUUUUAAAUUUAAACUAUGCCCCACAAAUUAUAUAAAAUAAUAAUAAAUAAUAUUCUUUGAGGUGAAUUUAAGUGUUUGUUUAAACAAUUUUUAAAUAAUUUUUUUUUCUCUUGAUAUCUAAAUAUUUAAAUAAUAUUUUGUAAAUCAUAAAAAUAUAUAUUCUAUGCAUAUUUUUUAAAUGAAUAUUCAAUACAUAACACACACACAUUUAUAUUAUAUACAAACAAAAAAAUGAUUAUUAUAUAAAACUUAGGCUGUAGUCGAGUUUAUUUAUACUAUAAACAAAAAUUGUAAAUUCUUUAAAAAUCUGUGUAAUUGUAAUAUACUAAUUCUAAUGUUCUCCCCUUUUUUUACAUAUAUAUAAAUCUUAUAUAGUCUUAUCACUAUUGAUAAGUCAAAAAUAAUAAUUGUAUGUACUAUAUUUAAUUAAUUAUUUUUUUUUUAACUCACUACCAGCAAACAACAAAAAACGUAUUAACAACUUAUUUUUUAAAUACUUUUUUUUUUCAAAUAACGCAAAUUUAUUAUAACAAAAACAUAGAUGUAGUUAAAAAUACGAUAAAUAUCUCGUAAAGCACAAUAUUAUGGGUUAAAUGGGCUAAAUGUUUAUUUUUUCUCUUAUCUUUUUUUAAUGAUAGCUUAUAUGAAAAACAAAACAAAAAAAACAAAAA